AUGCAGGCCACACGAGCGCUGUUGAAGCGGUCGGUCUGGAAGGGACCGCACCUCGUCCCUCUACCGAUCGUGUUCCCCAAAAAGCAAGGCGACAAAGUGCCGCCCGUGCGGACGCAAGCCCGGUCAGCGACCAUUCUGCCCAACUUCGUGGGACUCAAGUUCGAGAUUCACAACGGCAAGGAUUAUCAUCAAGUUACGAUCACGGAGGACAUGGUGGGACACAAACUGGGGGAAUUUUCGCCAACGCGAAAGCCGAAUAUCUGGGAUCGAAAGCAGUAG